AUGCACAAACGAUUAAGAUUUCAAAUCAUCUUAGUCUUACUAAUAAUUGCCACUUUAGUGUACCAUCUAUCACAUUAUAACGAGAAAGAUUUCAAGAAUGUUCUUUAUACUAGCAGAAAAUCAUUUCAAAAAUUGCUCAAGAAUCGAAUAUCCAUUGAUCAAGUAAUCAUUCCUAAGGAUGUUAAUACUGAUCUAGUCCAAUCGGACAACAAAUUCACUUUUGAUGGGGGCAGUAGUCUUACUAAUAAAGUAAAGAAAUCAAAAUACGAGAAUCACGAACUAACGGUGUAUAAUGAUCUUAAUGAUAUAGGUUUGAAUUUGGAAAAAUGUAAUAAGAUAGAGAAUCAUUUAAGGGUAGGUAUUACAGAUGCAACCAGUGUUGAUGUGUCUCUAGUGGAGAUAUUAACCCAAUUUCUACAACAGUACCAAACAAAUCCUUACUAUGGUGAAAUAGCACCAUUAUUCAUCCAAGAAUUGAAAUUGCAACUAAAGUUUGGUGUGGUGGAACAUUACUGGUAUAGGUUAGCAGGUUCUUCAGUCUGGUUAGAACAAUACCAAGCACAUUUCAUGAUAUCAAGAAUACUAUAUACUCCUAGUGGUCUGAGAAAUCAACCUUUAGUCAGUUUCACUUAUGGACAAUUAUUUGAUAAGGACUGGCAUGAACUCACUAAUACCAAGAUUAUCGUACCUACCAACUUGAAAGAAGGUGCUAUCGAGGAUAAUGGAAAGUUUUUUAAGGAGAUCUCAUUCCCUUACUUUUUACCUAUACCGUUUUGGCACGAUUAUGAUGAUUCAAAAGGACGUUAUUAUGGACCUGAAGAUCCUCGAAUAAUCCUUGUGAAUAAUGAUGGUUAUGAAGAACCUUUGAUCAUAUUCAAUGCCUAUCAUCGUAAAUUUACUCAUUUUGACGAUGAUUUCGAUUCUAAAAUUCUACUUAAGUCAAGAUUUUUCCGUUCAAUUUUCAUUUGUUGGCCCUGGAAAUUUCAAAAAGGUAAGUACAAUACAGAUGGAUUCUCAAAUGAUGAUUUUGAUAAUCGUCUUUACAACAAAGUAAUAGAGUUGAAAAUAAAAAACUUGGGGAGACAGAAAAAUCAAAAGAAUUGGACUCCUUUCCUCGUAUCUGAAGAAAAGAAUUUCAUUUAUUUCAUCUAUAGGUGGUCAAAUUUGGAAGUGUUGAAAUGUGACUUGGCUCAUGGAACUGGUAUUUGUUCCUUUAGUUAUCGGUUAAACAGGAAAUUAUCUACCAAAGCUGGAGUAGGUCCAUUACGUGGAGGUACACAGUUGAUUAAUAUCAACUCCAUUCUCGAUAAAAAAUUCAUUCCUAAUAACAGGGAAAUAUGGAUAGGUUUUGCAAGGGCCCAUUUGGAUAAAUGUGGUUGUGGUAAAGAUAUGUAUCGACCCAAUUUGGUGGUUUUGACCAAAGAUACUCUUGAGGGGCAAAAUCAUUACAAAAUAGCACUUAUAAGCUCGUCGAUAUCUUUUGACGUACCAAUGGUAGCUUGGGAUCUUCUGAAUCCAACGAGUAUGUGUGAGGCUGGAUCUCCAAACGUUUUACUCCCCAAUGGAAUUGGAUCAUGGGAUGUGGAAGUUAAAGACCGUGAAGUAGAAGAUCAUUUAUUAUUAACCCUAUCAAUUUCUGACUUCACCGUCCAUAGAAUUUAUGUUAAAGGAUUAUUGUCGCAACUUUUAUCCAAUAAUAACCAAAUCUUUAGUGACCAACCCACUUUGGAACAAGUUCAACAUGACUCACAUGGCUUCAAUAAUGACAAUAUAGUGUGUGGACUAAAAAAAGCUACAGAGUUUUGUAAAGAUUAUGGACUUCAAGUUUUCUAUCACCAACCAGAAUUUAGCUAUAUAGAUUAUUUCAAGAAUUUGAAAGAGUCAAUCAAAGAAAAUUUCAAUGUUGAUCAAUUCAUUGAUUAUCAAGAGAAUAGCGACAUAGAUUCCUAUAAGCAUGCAUUGUAUCAUCAACAACUUCAAUCACUUGAAUAA